GCCGCGUCCUGUCUGUCUGCGAGUGGAGGCGGCUGCGGUGGUGUGCGGCGCUGCAGCGAUGGGGAACACGGUGGCUCGGGAGGACUUUGAGUGGGUUUACACGGACCAGCCCCACGCCGAUCGCCGCAAGGCGAUCCUAGCUAAACAUCCAGAAAUAAAAGCUUUAAUGAAGCCAGACAACAACUUGAUAUGGGUGGUUGUACUGAUGGUUCUUGCACAAUUGAUUGCGUUUUAUCUAGUUAAAGACUUGGACUGGAAAUGGGUCAUGUUCUGGGCUUAUGUUUUUGGCAGCUGCAUCAGUCACUCAAUGACUCUGGCUAUUCAUGAGAUCUCUCACAAUAGUGCCUUUGGCAAUUGCAGAGCUAUGUCGAAUCGGUGGUUUGGAAUGUUUGCCAAUCUCCCUCUUGGCCUCCCAUACUCUGUAUCUUUCAAGAGAUACCACAUGGAUCAUCAUCGCUAUCUAGGAGGUGAUGGAAUUGAUGUAGAUAUUCCUACUGACUUUGAAGGCUGGUUUUUCUGUACUCGUUUUAGGAAGUUCAUAUGGAUUGUUCUUCAGCCCUUUUUCUAUGCUGUUCGACCUCUCUGCAUCAAUCCCAAGCCAAUUUCUCGAUUGGAAAUCAUCAACGUGUUGGCACAGAUCUCUUUUGAUGUUGUAAUAUACUACUACUUGGGAAUUAAAUCAACCUCCUACAUGGUUGCAGGAUCAAUACUUGGACUGGGGUUGCACCCAAUUUCAGGACAUUUCAUAGCUGAACAUUACAUGUUCUUAAAGGGACAUGAGACUUACUCCUAUUAUGGGCCACUUAAUUUGCUCACUUUUAAUGUUGGCUACCACAAUGAACACCAUGACUUUCCCAAUAUUCCUGGCAAGAACCUUCCAUUGGUGAAGAAAAUAGCAGCUGAAUACUAUGAUGAUCUUCCACAAUAUAACUCCUGGAUAAAAGUGCUUUAUGACUUUGUGAUGGAUGACACAAUCAGCCCUUACUCACGCAUGAAAAGGAAAUUAAAGGGUGAUGUGAAACAGGAUUAAACUUCACCAACCAAAAGACUCUAUAAAGCAAGAUCUGGGAUAUUUAGCAAGAAUUCCUUGUGCCAGCUACUUGAAAAGUGUAUUUGUGUCCUGAAUUUAAACUUCAGACAUCUACAAGAAUGCAUUGGUGUAUCCUAAAACAGACCUCUUCAGACCAAUUAGGCUACCACUAGCUAAACAUUCUAACAGUCAUUGGUGUAACUAAUAUACAAAACACAAUUGAAUAUGCUCAGUGUACGUGUAUAAUAGUACUUAAGUUUGUUUUAUAAUACUUAUUUCAUAGCUGCUAACAAAUCUUGUACUCAGACACCUGUGUCUGGCUUGUCUGUUUAGACCUAUAAAAGAUGCUUCAAACCAUUUUACAGUUCUGGCUUGUCCUGUGCUGGCCAUUCCAUGCUCAUAACUUAGUCAAUUAUAGUAUUAAAGUUCAUACUUGAUAAAGUUAAUUCUAAGCUAACAUGAUUAAGUCUCGUUUCAUUAAAUGUGGUUUCAACUUA